GUUACGCGAGAUUGAGACAAAAGGAUUACGUCAACUGGAUCUACUUGAACCCCGACAGCUCUCCACAGCUAGGAUGGAAUUGGCUGGUGGUUCGGGAAGAUAAGUUCUCUUGGCCCAAAGAUGAUAGUAUCGAUGCGAUCAUGGCUUCGAACUUCAACUCCAAGAUGCAGUCUCGGACCUGCCGUUUGUCAACGAUCGGGAGAGGCCACGGUGCGGCUAUAUUCAAGUCUGUGAGCCUCGCUACGUUGCACAAGUGCGAGUGCUCCAGCAUCGAGGACUAUAAUAAGUUGAGGUCUGAGGUGUAUGGAAUUUGCACAGAUCAAGGAGUUGAGUCAGCCGUUGUCGAUAUCGACACUCUUGAGCCCAAGGGCGACCGCUGCGAGAACUACUCUGACAAUCGUGCCCGCAUGUACCCGAACGCCCUGGGCAUGCCAGAAUCGUUGCACAUCAUGUUCAACGCGUUACAACAUGCCGUUGAGAAGUUGCCAUGCCACAGAACUUUCAUAUCAGAUUUACGGAACAUAGAGAAUUUUCUGGCUGAUAGAUCGUUGAGGCGGUUGUUCGUCAACACGUGCCUCGACGAUUCUUUGAAAUCCAAAUUCGACCACUAUUCAACAGUGCACAUCAGCUGGAGGUGGGAGGUCCUUGUCAAGGCGCUCACUGAAUUGAUCCCUCGCUUUUCAAUUUUGAAAGAUCGCUUUGACUUGGGAAAAAUGAAGACAUCUCCAGAGCGGCAGGUAAAGACACACGUGAUAGACGAUGCGUACGCUUCCCUGCAGGUGCCGCACUUUUUAGAAUUCUGUAUCAUGGUAAAGACCAGCGGCAACACACUUGAACGGUUUGCGAGUCGCCUCGAGGGUUGCGAGUGCCACGCCAGUCUUUGGAAGUCCCAUAGCAACCACAAGAAGAAGACCCGACUGUUGGAACGAGACACUGGUUUCGCACAUUGCUUCAUGAAGGGGCGGCAAGCAUCGUGGUGGUUUGCCGAAGGGCUGGGCCAGUGCUUGGAGGCGCUGAAGAAGUGCGACUCCGACGAGUUGCAACUGGCCAUGGGCAAGCUCGACUGCGAGCCACGGGCGCAACUCCUUCGACUCCAGACCCAAUUGGCGGAUUCGUUGGUCGAAGAGCUUUCUGAUAAGUUCGCGUUCAAGGACGUGAUCCCAUAUGCGGCACUCAAGAUCUACAUGUGCGAAAUUCCUGGGGGGAACUUGCAUUCUGCUAGAAUGGACGCGGCAGAUUGCGUGCGUCAGUACGAUUCAGCAGUGGAGGCUGGCAGGGGGCAUCUGCUCCAUCGAGUCGCGCACUUACUUCUGCGACCUGGCACGCACUGCAGGAGCGAGCUCGACGAUUUCGCCAACGGGGUAGGGCACAGCUUGCGGGACUUCACGCACCUGCACUCCAUGAUAAUGAGGUAUGCUCUGAUACCGAUCGUGGGGAGGAGAGUAGAGGGGGCCCAUGCUAUCAUCAGGCGCCUCGGCCUCAUCGCGAAGAACAUGUCACCUCCGUGUAUUUCUGCUUCCAACUCCGAGGCUGAGCACUUGGCGCGCUUGGAUAACGAUGCGGAGUUCAAGCGGUAUUGCCAAUCGACCUGGAGUUCGAAAUCUCUUCUGAACGAUUUGUUGAGCUUAGUUGUUCCGGGAGAUGCAUUGAAAGAAAUGAGCAGGAAGGACAAGAUCAACCGAGUUUACCAAUGCGACCUCGCGUCGGAGUUCAAGGACCUCAGCGUUGAAAGGCAGUCCCAUGACACGUGGAAGCUGCUAACUCAACACCUACGGAGUGCGCAUCCAGGCUUCCCAUAUUCGUGGAAGAUCGUUGUCACGUAUUUGAAGGAGAAGCUCUGCUCUGGUAGCAUAUUUUCUUUACCGACGAGCUUGUACAAUCUUGCUCUGGUCGAUCAUGGGCCCGAUGAAAUCGAUAUCUCUGCGGUUAACCCUUGGGAGCAAGCCAUCGAUGUUAUCGGCCAUGAGCCCAGCGAGUUCCAGUUCGAUGCGGUCGACUCUGUUACAUUUUUUGAGGUCGUGAACCCCUGGCCCGAGAAGCGGAAGCAGAUUGCGUUAUCUCACAUUAUCGAAUGGGGCGAUCGCGUCAACGUCAGGAGGCGCCUCACCUUGCAGACCGACGUUUGUGACAGGAGCGUUACGCUAUUGUGCGAUGCGGACUAUGCUGAAACGCUCCACAUGCGCCCGUUAGUUCACGACUUGAAGCGGUCUCUGCUGUCUUUGUACACGUGGGCCGUGAUGGGCGACGGGUCUGCUUUGGGAGUGCGCCAGCGGAAUCUGGGAGAGCUCGAGCACAUCGUUGCUGCGCCUCGCAGCCUGGUGAUUCCCAGUGCGAGUGACGCGUUGGUCGUCGCGCUCCCCGACGUUGGAGAGUUGGCUCUGGAGCGGUAUGAGGCUACGACCAGCGAGAAGAUGGUGGCAUGUUUAGGCAAACUCCGAGACCUACAGCAUGGCGACGACCGAGACGACGAUCCUGUCUGGGUUCAGUACACGGCGCUGGAAGGCGUGCACAUGAACACGAUCCAAGAUUUGCACAAGGCUGGAGCAAUCACCGCCGUGAACGACGAGUUCGGGGAGUUGGUCGUUUGUCUGCAAAAGGCUGGUACUAUGUUCAGGGCAGUGCGUAAAGUUGGCAGGCCGCUGCAACUCUGUUUUGUGGAUAGCACCAAGUUUGCCAGCAAGCUGGACAUGAUAUUUGCUCUACUUCGUGGUGGAUGGAAGCCUGGUGCCACUAGGCCGUUCAAGAUACGUGGUGCGCGCAAGUUCAUGUGCAAUAAGGACAGGCCUUUGAGUUAUUUUGCAUGUCUUCUCCAAGUUGACAUGCUAUUUGAGAAGGGGUUGAAGCAGCUGCCGCACGAUUUGAAGGACUACCAUUACCAGUGCUUCCUGCGUCUUGCUGGACAUGCACUGCUCGCGUUCGAGGCCGACUUGCAGUCGCAUGGCCUCGAAGAGUGCAGGCGCUUGCUGCGCGAUGCCCCCGAGGCGCCAGUCGACGCGCCUCCCCUGGAGGACGACCUCGAGCCAGCAGCGUCGGUGGAGGCUGCGACCUUGGGCAAGUUUGGCCAGGCCAUGGAACGCCACUCUGGUGGAGUGCUCGGCGGCAACUCUUUGGUGGAUCAGCAAAUCUGCGAUCCAGACGUCAAGGCCUACAACAGCCUCGUUGCUCGCUGGAAGGGCAAGCCAUGCUUGCGCAAGUGGUGGCAUGGCAAGUCGGAGGCCGAUCAGGCUGAGUGGUACCGCAAGCAGCAGGCGCACGUUCCAGGUACGAAGCGGAAGUUCGACGAGAUGGAGGUGUCCGAGACGAGCGCCAGGAUGGCCGUGAAGGACGACGUCAAGGAGGACGACUGGAUCCCGCUCAACAUCUACCAGCGGCGAGUGGCCAUGGAGGGCGUCAGCAAUCCUGAUGCCGCCCAGGAGUUCAAGAGGAUCGUUGAGCGCGGCGAAGGCCUCUGGCGCGCUGGCCAGUGGCACGUCCACGACUACCAAGGUUUCAAGAUGCACACGGGCAUCCGCGAGGCUCAGGGCUAUGCCACCACGGGCAAGUACGCGGUCGCGGGCCGCGAAGACCUCGCCAGACGAGUGGAGGAGUGCUCCACCAAGUUAGACAGCCAGCUCCUCGCACACGAGCAGUCCUUGAAUGGUUUCCAGGCCGCCCCGUCUCGCGAUGCUCCCAACAUCCAGUGCCCCACGAACGGCGGCGUCACUCUCCCGCAGUGGCACGACCACUUCGAGGCCGGCAUCCAUCGCGAGGCACAUUGGGUAGGCCUCAAAGGGAACUCCCCCGCUACUUAG